GUCGUUAGCAUGUCGACAUGAUGAAUGUAACCUUGAAGACCUUAUAGGAGCUAUAGAUCCCUCCCAUAAGGACGAACAACUUCAACUACACUUAGAUUAUCCUGAGCAUUCAAACGAACAACUCAACCUACUUAUAAAAACGUCUUUAGGAGCGGGAAAUACUUCGUGAAUCAUUCAUAGAACCAAUUUUGUGCUUCGCGGGUUGCCGGUUAUCUUCCCCUCCCCCGCACACUCGUCCUAUCAAUGUCGGCUUGGAGAAGUAUAACAAGCCUACUGGCCGUUGAAGCUGUACAAUGCUACUCAUCAUUCGCAUCGGGAGCAGACCCAGUGGUCUCGGUGAGGAAUGGCACGUACGAGGGCUUGCACCUCCUGGAGUUUGACCAGGACAUCUUCCUUGGCAUCCCAUAUGCGCAGGAUACUGGCGGCGCGAAUCGGUUUCGCAUACCGCAAUCCUUAGAUAAGACAUGGAACGGCACAAGGCCUGCAAAAGCCUACGGCCCUGCUUGUCCGGACUACCAUCUUUCAGCUGAGGUGCUCCAUGGUAUGAGUGAGGAUUGCCUUAGCAUUAAUAUUGUGCGACCCGCCGGCAUUGAGAGUAGUAUACCGCUUCCAGUCAUGCUAUGGAUUCAUGGAGGCGGGUAUCAGUAUGGAAGUAGUGGGGAAGUCGAAUAUAACCUUACGUACCUGGUACAAAGAUCGGUGGACAUUGGGAUGCCUGUAAUUGGUGCCAGUAUCAAUUAUAGGAAAGGCGGCUGGGGAAACAUGUACUCCAUCGAGAUUCAAGGAUCCGGGAACACUAACUUAGCUUUAAGAGACAUGCGCAAGGCUUUAUCCUGGGUACAAGAGAAUAUCCAGAACUUCGGGGGCGAUACUUCGUCGGUGACAAUAUGGGGCCAAUCCGCUGGGUCAUUUGCCGUGGGUCAACUUCUCAUGAGUUACGGGGGACGAUCGGAUGGUCUUUUCCACCGGUCUAUCCAGGAAAGUGGGAGCGCGACCACUGCAUGGUGUAAUGGAUCGGAAUGGUAUCAACCCAUCUACGAUAGAAUUGUCGAUCAAGUUAAUUGUAGCUCGGCUCCUGAUACUUUGGAGUGCUUGCGGACGAUCGAUUACGGUGUUCUUUACCCCUAUUUGAACUCAUCUGCGGUGUCUGGUCCGGGAUUUUAUCCUACAGUUGACGGCGACGUGCUUCCCAACUAUCCAUCAGAACUCUUGCGUGCAGGGCGCUUUGCACCUGUUCCACAUAUCUAUGGGACUACAUCAGACGAAGGCACCGACAAUGCUCCCGUAGGCAUCAAUACAGAUGCAGAUCUUCGAACCUACCUUUUGCAGCGCACGGGAUUUGAUUUUCCGGUCGCCACCGUGGAUCGUAUCAUGGAAUUAUACCCGGACGACCCUGCUCAAGGAGUCCCUGUGGAUACUGGAGCAGAGCGUUUUGCGGCCGAGGGCUGGCAAUAUAAGCGUGUGGCAGCCAUUGUCGGCGACGUGUUUUACCACGGGCCACGGCGAUAUGAUGUACAGCACUACGCUCCGCGCUCGCCAACGUAUGUCUAUAGAUUCAAUACGCGGCGAUGGGACUACGAAGCUUCGAGCACCACUACGACGGCGGACAGUAAAUCUACAGGGCAACUCACACCGGCAUAUAAAGGCGUGGCGCACUUUAGUGAAGUGCCGUUUGUUUUUGCCAACCCGACGAUGAUAGGGCCGUGGCCGGAAUACCAUAAGCUAAGCGACCAACUCAGCAGCCACUGGAUUCGGUUCGCGCAUACAGGUGACCCGAAUGGUCAGGGUCUACCACACUGGCCGCGGUAUGAUGAGAGUAAAAAUGGCGCCAACCUCGUGUUGCAGACAGAGGCACAAGGUGGCUCGUAUGUUGAGGAGGAUACAUAUCGUCUGGCUGGACGUGAGUAUUUGACGGAAUGGUCAAGAAGAAGGCAUGUAUGAAUAGGUAGGUAUAAGGAUUCAUUACUACUACAUAUGUAGUAGUAA